GCCGAGCUGAGUGUCUCAAGGGUGUUACAGCAGUCAUGUAAUCUGGGGGAGUGUCUUGUCCUAACCGCGGCCCCCCCCUCUGUCGAUCUGACCACGCCCAAUCAGCUGUUUCCUCAAGUUCAACCGAGCGCACGGGGAAACUUUUCCCUCCCUCCCUGUCCAGUGUCACGGCGGACCCAUGGUGGCAGGCACCGCCGCAGCGUUUGUCAUUCGGCUUCUCAGUUUGUGCGCGGGGUUAAUCCAGCAACAAGUGGCGUCAGCAUGUCCCUGUCGGAUCAGCUGUGGUGUCCCGCCAGCGCCCAGGUAACGGUGCUCCAAGCCAGAGGCCUCAGGAUCAAGGGGAAAGGCGGCACCAACGAUGCGUACGCGGUCAUGCAGGUGGGCAAGGAGAAGUACCAGACCUCGGUGGUGGAGAAGAGCGUGGCCCCGGUCUGGAAGGAGGAGGCCACUUUCGACCUGCCGCAGCAGCAGCAGCGAGGUGGAGGUGGAGGAGGCACGGAGCGAUCCACGCUGCAUGUCCACGUCCUGCACCGGGCCCUGGUGGGUCCGGACAAGCUGCUGGGACAGGCCGUCAUCAACCUGCUGCAGCUCAGCGAGGACAGGACCCGCAACAAGACCGAGUGGUUUAAGCUGCUGGACAAGACCGGCAAGGCGGACAAAGACAGAGGGGAGGUGCUGGUCGACAUCCAGUUCAUGAGAAACAACAUGACCGCCAGCAUGUUUGACCUCUCUGCCGCCGGCAAAUCCAGAUCCCGCCUGGGCAAGUUCAAGGACAAAGUCCGUGGCAAGAAAAAAGAAUCAGACACUAUGUCGACCAUAGUUCCAUCCUUCACUCAGGUUCUGACUGACAGUGAGGAGGAGGGGAACGGGGACGCCGAGGCGGCUGCCGGAAAGGAUGAGAAGAAGAAGAAGCACAAGAUGAAGUCGUUGUUUUCUCCAAAGUCUAAUCUGCAGAAGAAUAUGUCUCAGUCCAUGUCUGUCCUGCCUGGGAAGAACUCCCCGCUGAGCGGCAGCCAGUCGUCCGGUCUGAAUGUGGAUCCCUCUGAAGGUAAAAAGAAGUUCAAAUUCAAGAUUCACAAACGAUCAGGCAGCUCAGACAACAAAGAUUCCUCCUCCAGUCUCCAAAAACAUGGUGCUACCGAACAGAGUAACCUGUGCAUCAAUGGCAGUCAUAUAUACUGUGAAGAGCCGCCGGCCCGGACCUCUCGCAUCGGCUCGAACUUCAGUCUGGCCAGCUCAGGACACGGAUCCAUGGAAGACGUCCCCGACGGCUCUCCUCCAUCUGUUGAUUCGCUCAGAGGAGUGAGGCAGUACUCGCCCUGGACAGAGGAGGAGGAAGAGAUGGCGGAAGUCGAAAAUAUAAAAGAGGAUGUGGAAGAGGAGAGGAUUACAUUGGAAGAGGAGGAGGAGAGGAUGAGACAAGAAGAUGCUGAGAGGUUGGCUGAGGAGAAGAGGAGACAAGAGCAAAGGACUGUCGAGGAAGAGGAAAAAAGGCAAAGAGAGGAAGAAGAGAGGAUUAGGAUGGAGGAAGAAAAGGCAGAGGAAGAAAGGAGGAGACGAGAAGAGGAGCAAAGGUUGGCAGAGGAAAAGUGGAGACUGGAGGAAGAAGAGAGGAGAAGGAAUGAAGAGGAGAAACUAAGAAAGGAGGAAGAGGAGAGGAUUCAGAGGGAGGAGGAAGAGAGGAGUAGACGAGAGGAAGAGGAAAGGGCUAGGAGAGAAGAAGAGCAUGAGAGAUUAGCACAGGAGAAGAGGAGAGUAGAGGAAGAGGAAAGGGCUAGGAGAGAAGAAGAGCGCCAAAGAUUAGCACAGGAGAAGAGGAGACAAGAGGAAGAAGAAAGGAGGAUUAAGGAAGAUGAAAAAAUGAAAAGAGAGGACGAGGAGAGGAUUAGGAUUGCAGAGGAAAGGGCUAAGGAAGAAAGGAGGCAAGAGGAAGAGCGUAAAUUAGCAGAGGAAAAGAUGAGACUGGAGGAAGAAGAAAGGAGAAUGAUUGAAGAAGAGGAAGCAAGGAGGCUGGAGGAACAGGAAAGAAAGAGAAUUGAGGAAGUGGAGAGGAUUAGGAUGGAGGAGGAAAUGGCUCAAGAACAGCGGAGACGAGAUGAAGAGGAGAGUGCUAAAAGACAAGAAGAAGAGCAUAAACUGGCAGAGCAGAAGAGGAGACUAGAGGAAGAAAGAAGGCAAAGAGAGGAAGAGGAGAGGAUUAGUAUGGAAGAGGAGAGGAAGAGACGAGAGGAAGAGGAUAAAUUGGCAGAGGAAAAGAAGAGACUUGAGGAAGAAGAAAGAAGAAGGAUUGAAGAAGAGGAAGUUAGAAAGGAGGAAGAGGAGAAAAGGAGGGAGGAGGAAGAGAGGAGGAGACGAGAGGAAGAGGAGCUGGUGAGAAAACGAGAAGAGGAGCAUGAGGAAAAGAGAAGGCUAGAGGUACAGGAAAGGAAGCGAAAGGAGGAGGAGGAAAGAAUUAAGAAAGAGGAGGAGGAAAUGGCUCGGAGGGAAAAGGAAGAAUAUGAGAGAUUGGUAGAGAAAAAGAUGAAACUAGAGGAGGAAGAACGGAAAAGGAUUGAGGCAGAGGAGAAAAUUAGAAAGGAGGAAGAGGAAAGGGUCAAGGCAGCUGAAGAUAGGAGGAGGAAGGAAGAGGAGAGGAGGCUAGAAGAAGAGCGGGAGAAGUUGGCAGAGGAGAAGAGGAUAAUGGAAGAGCAACAAAGGAGGAUUGAAGAAGAGGAAAAAAAGCAAAGGGAGGAAGAGCAAAGGAUUAGGAAAGAGGAGGAGAGGCGACACCAGGAAGAAGAGAGGAAAAGAAUUGUGGAAGAGGAGAGAAUUAGACAGGAAGAGGAGGAAAAGAUUCGGAUGGAGAAGGAGAGGAGGAGCAGAGAAGCGGAAGAGCAUAAAAUUAAAAUGGAGGAAGAGGAGAGAGCCAGGAAGCUGGAAAAAGCUGAACGGAAGACGAGGGCAAAUAAAACAAAACAGGAAGUUGCAGGGACGAAAUCCAAAGUGGGGAGCUCUGCACAAGUGUGUUCUAUGAAUCCUUUUGAUGAAGACUUUUCAAAUAAUCCUUUUGAUGAGACUCCCAACUCACCUGACAGUACCACGGUGUCAACAGUCCAGCAAAGGAGUCAACCUGCUGCGUCAGCGGCGGGAAGCAAGACUUCUUCCACUGAUGAAAAGGAUCUUAUAGGCAGUCAACUGGAGAAACGACCGGCUCCUCUGCCUCCAGGAAGAAAUCAAGCCGAGAGACAGAGUCAGAGAGAGCAAGAUGGAUCUACACGACAUCUGGUACAAGUUAACAAGCAGAGCAAAGACAAAGACGAGAAAACCAUUAGCGUCCCCCCUCAGCGCUCGGUGCACAUGAUCGCUCCUCUGAGUUGGUCUCCCACGGACGCAAAGAACCCCCAGAGCUUGGCGCAAAGUAAAGGUAAACGCCCUGCACCGUCUGCGCCAGCUGAACCCAAGAAAGCCUCAUCUUCUGAUGGCAAGAUUGCCAAUAAAAGUAGCUCCGGGGCUAAACAAGAGCCGAUUGCUUAUGGCUUAAAUCCAUUUGAAGAUGAUGAGGAUGAAAAUGAGCCCACAGCCCAGGAUACCGGCGCUUCAAUACAAGGGCCUCCAGCUGUGUCACAAUCUGCUGACGGAGAUGCCGCCUCUCAAGCAAAAAUCAAGUCCUCGAAGAAGGCGCGUGCUCCUCUGCUUCCUGCAGCCACAGCCGCCGCGUUGAGCACUUCGAUCAGUCAAAACAUGGAAGGAGGCCAUGAUACAGGUGUGACCACACAGGACGAUGAUCUAACCCACCCAGGGCACCCUGAGGAGGCUCCAGUUCAAGAGUCCCAGCCUGUGAUGGCUGCUGCGCCAGAGGCAGGUGGGAGGAGGGAGGUGCCUCCCGUGACCUCACGCAGACUUCAGCCUGUAAAACCCCUUAAUCCCCUGGGACAGCAGCCCGUCUCUGUUGCUCAGGGGGAAAUAGAUAACAAAUCCACAGGAAUCCACAGUGAAGUUCAAGAGAAAACAAAGGCAAAUAACACCGAGCUUAAAGGGCCGUACGCCCAGCUGACCCGGGAGGAGCUAAUCUCUCUGGUGCUCAAGCAGGACAACCAGCUGUCAGAGAGAGAUAAAAAGAUAUGUGAGCUGGAGCAGUACAUCGAUAACCUGCUCGUGCGUGUCAUGGAAGAGUCACCGACCAUCCUCAUGUCCAUGAACUCUAUGAAGAAAACUGUCUAGGUGGAUGAACAGCUGACACUUUAUACCCAGUGUUAAAGGUUAGGUUUACCAGGUUCAAGUUCAACAUACUGGCAAAAAAUGAUUAGAGUUGAAAUAUAUUUUUGGAGAACUGCUGCUGUUUCAGCCUUUCAGAUGAGGGGUUAUGUUAUCCUGCAAUCAAAUAUUAUAAUAAACCUAUUAAAUGAUUAACAUUUUUCUACUCUCUUUGCAUCAAGUAUGUACAUGUGUAAUGCUGAAAAAAACUUCUUCUGUAUAUUUGUCAUGACCAUUUUCCUGUCGAGCAUAUAAAUCUUUCAGCAGUGUUGAAUGUUGCCAACAUGUCAGACUAAAUUGCUGUAUGUUCUAUUGUCAGCUUCCUGUCCUCUGGAGAUAUCUCCGGUAUGAAGAAGAGCCUUAAUUUACUGUUUCAACUAUGCACUAAUGAUAAUGCACUAGUCAUGUUGAUAGAAGCUUCUCGCUCUACUGAAUGUCAACGUUUACAUGAUUCUACUAACCCCGAAGGCACUUUAUCCAGCUUCCACUAUUAACAUGAUGUCCACCGAAUCACUGCACUGUACUGAAGUUACUGCAUUAUGGUAUUAAAAUAUGUGAAAUAAAUUAAAUGUCUUUUUCUUGUA